CAGACCUGUCACUUUUUAGCCACUGCUACACUUAUGUGCAAUCUUAGGGCUGCACAUAACACACAAUCGGCUGUGUGUCAGUGAGGUCCCUGUGCAGACGGGUGGGGGUAUUUUGAUUUUUGCAAUAUUAAUUAAGAAUGGACAGCCAGGGGAGGAAAGUGGUGGUCAGUGACAAUGGGACAGGGUUUGUCAAGUGUGGUUUUGCCGGCUCCAACUUCCCAAAGCACAUCUUCCCAGCCCUGGUGGGCCGGCCAAUCAUACGAUCAUCGGCCAGAGUGGGCAACAUCGAGAUAAAGGACCUAAUGGUGGGAGAAGAGGCCAGCGAGUGUCGCUCCAUGCUGGAGAUGUCCUACCCCAUGGAGAAUGGCAUGGUGCGCUGCUGGGAGGACAUGCUCCACCUGUGGGACUACACCUUUGGCCCAGAAUGCCUGGACAUCAACCCAAAAGAAUGCAAGAUCCUACUGACUGAGCCGCCCAUGAACCCGACCAAAAACCGCGAGAAAAUCGCUGAAAUCAUGUUUGAGAAGUACCAGUUCUACGGCAUCUACGUGGCCAUCCAGGCCGUGCUCACUCUGUACGCUCAGGGUUUGCUUACCGGUGUUGUAGUUGACUCAGGAGACGGCGUCACCCACAUCUGUCCAGUGUACGAGGGCUUCUCUUUGCCCCACCUUACACGCAGGCUGGACAUCGCAGGACGUGAUGUCACACGCUACCUCAUUAAGCUCCUGCUGCUUCGCGGCUACGCCUUCAACCACACUGCUGACUUUGAGACCGUGCGCAUGCUGAAGGAGAAGCUCUGCUAUGUGGCAUACAACAUUGAGCAAGAGCAGCAUUUGGCCACAGAGACCACUUACCUGGUGGAGACAUUCACGCUUCCUGAUGGCAGGCAGGUGAAGGUGGGCGGAGAACGAUUCGGGGCUCCUGAAGCUCUUUUCCAGCCUCAUCUCAUCAACGUGGAGGGAGCUGGAGUAGCCGAGCUGCUGUUUAACACCAUCCAGGCUGCAGACAUUGACCUCAGGGCCGACUUCUAUAAGCACAUUGUUCUGUCCGGGGGGACCACCAUGUACCCGGGCCUCCCAUCCAGGCUUGAGAGAGAGAUCAAGCAGCUCUACCUGGAAAGGGUGCUCAAGGGAGACACUGAGAAACUAUCAAAGUUCAAGAUCCGAAUCGAGGACCCUCCCAGGAGAAAGCACAUGGUGUUCAUGGGUGGUGCUGUGCUGGCCAACAUCAUGAAAGACAAAGAAUCCUUCUGGAUGACUAGACAAGAAUACCAGGAGAAAGGCCUGGGAGUGCUGCAGAAGCUGGGAGGUGGAGUCAGAUAAAAUAAAACUGAGUUAAAUAGAAUUUUAAAAACACAAAUUAAAAAUGAGGAAAAUAUGAACUAGGUUUUGUACUUUUAAAUAUUAACUCCGUACCUCUCACAGUCUCAUCUCUAUUCAAAACAGUUUUAACUGAGCAAAAUUACAACUUUUAUCAUUAAAAACACAAUUGUAGGUUUUUACAUACUGUUCUAAAUAUAACAGUUUUUUGAUAAAACUUUGAUGACUAAAGUUAAAAAAUGUCAGGAAUUUAUUUGUUGCAUUAAUAGCAAGUUUAUGUUUUAUUUAACCUUUUUAAAACUCAUAGAUCUGUGCUUCAGUACUGUGCAAAAGUUUUGAGUCACCCCUCAUUUUUUUUAUAUGUUACUGAAAAAAUGGGAAAUAGGUCCAGCAAUGUAUUGAAACAUGUGCAAAUGUAUAUAGAAACUCACUAAAGGAGGCCAAAACAAAGUAUUACAGUUCUAUAAGGCUUGAAAGUCAACAUUUGGUGUGACCACCUUUGUUCUUCAGCACAGUCUGAACAUGCCAGUCACAUGCCUCCCUGAAAGGAAGUCUUUGAAAAACCUUUAGAAAGUCUGGAGAACUAUUGUUGAAGACCAUUUUUAAAAAUACAGAAAAAAACUUAACAUUUUAUCUUAACUGAGUCUUAAUUUAUCCUUGUGCAAUACUCACAAGGCUAUUAUAACACAAAAACAUGAAUAUUUGGAUAAAAAUGACUUAAACGCAAAGCCAAAAUGAAAUGAUUUUGUUAAACUCCAUUACUAAUUCCCUUUGUGACUCCACAUUAUGCCAACCAAACAGUAACCUGUUUGCUACUGUUUCUUAGAAAUAUUUGUCAGUAAAGUUUACUCUCUAAACUUGAUUUAAUCAAAAAUAGAUUACAGUCAAUGAUCUUCCUCAAACACAAAACUUACCCAGUUUUUACUUUGGCUAGCUUAGCAUCUAAUCACAGGGAUCCUCUUUUCUUUACUCUGUUUAUAUGGUUGAUGGUGUUAGCUUACUGUUAUUAUCAAAAGUUUAACUUUAUUGGCUCAUAUAAAUGAUUAGUUUAGGUCUUUUGUGCUUUUUCCCCUGCACUUUAAUCUUAGUUUUGGUUGAUGUAUAUUAUUAUUAUUAUUAGUGGCAGCCUCCCCAGGGUUCCUGGUUGUUCCUCCCUUUGUGUUUCCUUACUCCUGACUUGUUCAGUGUGUAUGCGGGUCUGUGUAGGUCUCUGGGGUUAUUUUUAUCUGUUUAACUUUGAAUGUUAGUAUAGCUUCCAGUCUGCCCUCCCCAAACCCCCGACUGUGACUGAUUGUGUGUUACUCUCACCUGCAUCUCGUUCCUCACCUGUCUGUCACUUCUCAGUGUAUUUAUAGUUUGGCCUUUGUUAUAACACCUGUUUCCCGCCCUUUGGUGCUGCUCAUUUUGCCUCGGUCCCAGUUUGAUUCCUGAUUUGUUGCUCCUCCCGUUCUGAGAGAUUGAGAGAUUCUUCUUAUUAUCUGUAAAAAUAAAUGUUUAAUGGACUGGCAAAUACAGGCUGAACAUUUGAAUGUUCUGAGUGGGAAAAAAAACUGUAAAGAAUUUAUCUGUGGGUUUGUUUGGUGUUUUUUUUUUUUUAAAUAAAUGUCAAAUAGA